UUGAGUUGGGUAGCAUCACAUUAUUUACGUCGUUAUCCUUGUCUGUCGUUCGCCGUCAAAUCCAAAACAAGUUUGUAGAACUUGUAGAACUUGUAGAACUUCCAAAAGCGGAAAUUUAAAGAAAUGUUAGAGAGAAAUUCAGGGAUUCCUCUAGAUCUUGGAUGGGUAAACCGCUCGUGUGUCAACGAUCAAGCUGUCAAGGGAAGGAUUCAAGACUUGCUGACGAGCCGCUCAAUACAUGCUGACCAUCAAGUGGAAUGGCUGGCAAGAUCCAUCCAGUGUAUUGACCUUACUACACUAGCUGGUGAUGAUUGCCCUUCAAAUGUGGCAAGACUUUGUUCUAAGGCUGCCUAUCCGUUGAGUGAUAGUAUUGCCACUGCGCUUCACAUUGGUAAUGGACUGCUAACAACUGGAGCAGUUUGUGUGUAUCCUGCUAGAGUAGCUGAUGCUUGUCUAGGACUAGAAAGGCUGGGAGCAAAUAUCCCAGUUGCCUCUGUUGCAACAGGAUUCCCCACAGGACAAACAUCUCUGAAAAUUCGAUUGGCAGAGAUUGAGUUCGCUGUUCAGAGUGGUGCCAAGGAAAUUGAUAUUGUCAUCAACCGAGAACUAGCUUUAGCUCAAAACUGGAAAGAGUUGUACAAUGAGCUUGUUCAGAUGAGAAAGGCAUGUGGUGAAUCCCACAUGAAAUCCAUUUUGGCUGUGGGAGAAUUGUGCAAUUUAACCAAUAUCUAUAGAGCUUCCCUUGUGGCCAUGAUGGCUGGUUCAGACUUUAUCAAAACUUCCACUGGGAAAGAGACUGUGAAUGCAACACUGCCCAUUGGUCUGGUCAUGUGCCGCGCCAUUCGAGCUUAUAACAGAAAGACGGGCUUCAAAGUAGGAUUCAAGCCUGCCGGCGGUAUUCGAACUUCCAAGGAUGUGCUUCAGUGGAUGACGCUUAUGAAAGAAGAACUGGGUGAUGAUUACUUAACACCUGAGUUGUUCCGCAUAGGAGCAUCGGCUCUGCUUAACGACAUUGAGCGCAACCUGACCAACCACUUUACAGGCGGUUAUUUUCUGGCGGAAGAAAUGCCCAUGGCUUGAGAGACAAUUGGACGCACGCAUUCCCAUAUACUACGCUCUGUUUAAAACCCAGAAUCUCUAUGUAGUUAUUUGUUAUUGAGCUUAGAAUAAUACAUUAUACAGGAUCCACGGGGAGGAAGCAAAUUA